AUGGUUUUCGGAUCACUCUCCGUGCAGGACGACAAGGCCAUUCCUGUGUUCGCACCACCAUACGUCUCCCAAGAACCAUUCUUCUUUAGCGGCAUGACUAUUAUCGCCAUCUCGUAUCGCGUUCAAGCCUCACAGAUCCAACACCUUGUGCCCCAGGAACUCGAACUAGAAGACCAACCAAUCAUGACUUCCUUGUUUAUUCACUAUGGCACUUCUACCGCAGGUGAAUACAACGAAUACGUCCACACCGUGCGAGUCAAGUACAACAACGAGACAUACGACUAUUCCAUAGUUCUCGUUCUCGACAAUGACAGCGCCAUUUUCGCUGGAAGGGAAAUCUUCGGAUAUCCCAAGAUCUUUGGAAGGGUUAAUUUUCACCCAUCAGCUGGGUCGAGAGUCACCAUGGGAAAUGUGGAGCGUCCUGCAGGAAGGUCGCUCGUCGAGUUUGAGUUUGCGCCAAAAGCGCCUCUUGAUAUGUCACCAGGAGAAGCGAUUCCUCCCAAGGUGUUGAAUCUGCGCGUUAUCCCGAGUACAGACCCAGCUACACCUGCGUCGAGUGAGUUUGUGGCUGUUGAUAUGCAGUUUGACUUUAGUGAGAGGUGGAGUGGAGAGGGAAGUCUCAAGUUUAACAAAGGAUUUACAUCGACUCCGUGGGCUAAUCUGGAGGUUAUUUCGUAUGUUGGGUCUUGGAUGGGGAAGAGCAAGGCGGUUCUUGAUAACAAGGUUGAGCGCUUCCCUCUCUGA